AUGGCGGUGGAGGGCAAGAAGGCCCGUUGCGAGGAAACUGUGGAGGCUGCCAGAGCGGCGGAGGGUCAGGAUGAUGCUGCCUCUGGGGCUGGAGCUGUUCGGUCUACCUCUUCUGCCGUAUCGAAGGCGGCUCCGGUGACUUCGAAGGACACUCCUCCUCCAUCUGGUGUGGGGCCACAGGCGGGGGUCUCAACGACUCCUACGCCCGCACCCGGAGGUGCAGCCGAGAGAGUAAUCUCCAUCCCUUCGGACGAAAAGGGGGAGACCGGAAACGGAAAAGAGCCCGGUGAUUCAGUCGGCCCUUCUUAUGAAGCUACUGGCAAGGAGGAUCCUCCUUCUUGGGAGGGUCAUUCGGCCGGAGAAAUGGGUGAAUCAGAGGCGGAUGACGACGUCUCGAUUCAUGAGGCGCUAUCUAGCGAGGAAGAGGCGUUGUCUCCUGAGGACUUGCUCGCCCUUCAUGCGGAGCAGCAGUGGAAGACCGCAAUUGUUGAUCUCGCCUCCGACGAAGUCCGAGCAGCAGUGGAAGACCGCGAUCGCCGCCUGAAUGAGACUAUGUCACUAGAGAUAAGGUUGUCCGCAGAAUUGGAGCAGGCCAAGGCUGAGGAUGCACGAGUGGCCUAUGAGCAACAAACAGCUGAUAACCGCCUUUCUCGCCUAUCCUCCGAGAUAGAGGAACUGAAACAAGUUAUAGCUAAUGCACAGGCUUCUUUGGUCAUUCAAGAGAAGGCUCGUGAGCAGGCGGCAAAGGAGUUGGAGGACAUUGAGUCUCGUCGGCAAUUGGUCGCCGAUUCUGUUGAGGAGAAAUAUCGAGCUCUCAAGGAGGUCAAAGAUGCCGUUCAGGACUUAGUCUCACGCACCGAGGAAGAUCUUCUUCGAGAGGUCCUAAGGAGGCUUAAGCUUCGCCUAGCCGGAGAGAUUCGUGAGGCGGAACUACGGUUGAAAGCUUUGUAA